AUGGGUAAGGAUAUAAUGCCUAAUUCCGGCUCGGAUGCCCAUAACUCCCUGCAGAAGGAUCUAGGAGGGAAUAAAACAAAGGGUAAACGCUCAGGUAAAACGAACUCCAACGAUUUAGCAGCGUUAUACGAUAACCAGUUCCACGAUGUAAUAGGUAGAGACCCAUAUCGCUGCAAACCUUGGAUAGAACAUACCGGAAUAUUAAAGUCGUUGAGACCUCCCAGAGGGACUCGUCAGAUCUUUAGAAUCUCGGAAAUAUCAAAACUAGAAAGGGUUCAUACCGAUAAUUGUGACUCAUCAAAGCCAACAUUGGCAACCCUUGGUGAUACGAGCUACGAAGACAUUAAUAAAAGGCUCUUUGCAACAUAUGAAAGAGCCAUUGAAUUCAUACCACUCAGUUACAAAGUGUGGUAUCAAUAUUUAAAGGAUAGGGUUGAAAACUUGAGCUGCGAAUUUUACGAGAACCCUAAGGAAUACUACGAUAUAAACUCUAUUUUUGAACGUUGUAUAGUAAACUUGUACGCAUACCCAUCAAUAUAUCUCCUGUAUGGGUCAUUUUUGCAAUAUCAAAAUCGCAUUACUAAAGUACGCCGUUUGUAUGAUAAGGCAUUGUUGAAUUUGGCUAUCACUCAACACUCAACCAUAUGGGAACAGUAUUUAAAAUUUGUCGACCAUUUUGACUUAUUACCACUAGGAAGAGCUGUAUUUAUGCGUUAUAUACAGUUGAAACCUAACUUUAGAGAAGUAUUUUACGAUUUCUUGAAACGUCAUAAGCAGUAUGAUGAAGCUGCAAAAAUAUUAUGUGAAUUAUUAAAUGAUGACAAUUUUGUUUCUGAGAAUGGCAAGUCACAGUACAACUUAUGGAUUGAACUUUGUGAACUUAUUAGAGAUAAUUCACAACACAUAAAAAGUAUUCCUGUUGAUAGAAUUAUAAAGGAGGGUAUAAGCAAAUACACUGACCAAGUUGCGUCAUUGUGGAUUAUUCUCGCAGAUAUAUAUAUCAUCAGAGGUCAGCUUCACAUAGCUAGAGAUGUAUAUGAGGAGGCAUUAAAAUCGGUUACCACCGUACAGGAUUUCUCCACAAUUUUUGACGUGUAUGCAAAAUUCUUGGAAAACUAUGCCAAGCAAAUGAACAAAUCAAAAGGUGCUACAAUAGAAACUUUGAUUACGGUUGAUCGCUUAGAAAAUCUUAUCAACAAUCGUGCUGCCUUAUUAGCAUCAGUAAAACUUAAGCAGAAUAUACACAACGUAUACAAUUGGGUUCACUACACCCAGCUUUUUGAAUCCGAACCAGCCAAGGUUGCUGAAAUUUAUGCGGAAGCUGUGCAGACUAUCGAUCCAAGACGCAGUGUUGGCAGAGUAACCGAUCUGUGGAUUCGUUUUGCAACAUUUUAUGAAGAUAGAGAUGAUUUAGAAAAUGCAAUAAAGGUUUAUGAAAAGGCAACAAACGCUAACUUCAGGUUUGUUGAUGAUCUAGCGACGAUAUGGUGCUGUUGGGUCGAAAUGUGCCUGCGCCACAACAAUUUUAAGGAAGCUCUUCAAAUAGCAAGAAGAGCUAUUGAUCCAAAGACAGAUAAGGAUGCGUCUAGUGUUUCUAAAAGGAUACACAGGUCAGUAAGAUUGUGGAGUCUCUGUCUAGAUAUGGAAGAAAACUUUGGUACAAUCGAAACCUGUAGAUCCACUUUUAACAGAAUGGUUGAGCUAAAAGUUGUAACUCCGCAAAUCGCAUUGAAUUUUGCAAUGUACCUUGAAGAGAACAAGUAUUUUGAAGGAUCUUUUAAUGCGUUUGAGAGGUGUGUAGCCCUUUUCAAGUGGCCACAGUUGUAUUACCUCUAUCUUCCCUAUCUCACAAAAUUCGUAAAAAGAUAUCGCGGUUCAAAAUUGGAGCGUGCACGCGAAAUUUUUGAUCAGUGCAUACAUUCAGAAGAAUCAAAUACAUGUUCGGUGCCUCCAAAAUUUGUAAAAUAUAUCUUCUACCUAUACGCCCACAUGGAGGAAGAAUUUGGACUAAUUAACAGAUCCCUUGGUAUAUUAAGAGAUGCAGCAAGAUACGCCGACAAAGAUGAUCAACUCAAACUAGUCAAACUCUACAUUGCAAAAACUACAGAAUUUUAUGGAAUUACACACACAAGAAAAAUAUACAAAGAAGCACUAGAAUUUGUUGACGAUAAUGCAACACGGGAACUAUGCAGUAUGUACAUCCAAAUGGAACGUGGUCUUGCAGAAAUCGAUCGUGCUAGAGCAAUAUACAUAUACUGCUCACAGUUUUGCGAUCCAUCGGUGCACACUCUCUUCUGGAAGGACUGGCGCGAAUUUGAAGUACUACACGGAAAUGAAGACUGCUUCAGAGAGAUGCUUAGAAUAAAAAGAAGUGUACAAGCGCAUUACAGCAAGGUACAUUAUAACACUGAAGAAAUAAACGACGAGGACAUUGAAGGAAAUCCUCUUGAGCAGCUAGAAAAUAUCACAAAUUAG